UUUGGGCGGCGACCAGCGCUCCUAUCGGCCGGGGCACUCGCACGAUCGCUUGCGAGGCCAACGCGUUCAUUAUCCUCCGUCACUCUGGCACGACGCUUCCAACUGCGAUGGAGGAGAGGUCGCUUGCCGAGUAUCUGAGUUCCUAUCUGAAUGUGAACAGUCCCGAGAGCCCGGACGACGGGGUUCAACACCGCAAUGGCCACCAAGGAGACCGCACCAUCGUCUCCGAGGACGUGGAAGGCGAGGUCUUCGACUGGAUCCUGUCGCACCUCGAGCCAAGGCAAUGGCCCCUCAACCUCAGUGUGGCAGUGGCCAAGACCGUGGCGCAGAAGACUGCUUCCUCCUUCAAGCUGAAUGGCACUCUCGGAGAUGACAUGGAUGGAGGAGAGCUGGACAGCGGGCGUCUGCGGGCAGAGUCCCUGGAGGCCCUGCACGCCCUUUGUGCCCUCUGGCUGGAGCAGCCCCACCUGGCCGACAAGAUGGCUGCCUUCCCUGCCGUGGCGCUGCCAGUGUCCACACACGCUGUGCGCAACAACCGCCGCAAGAUGGAAGACCGCCAUGUGACCCUGCCGGACCUCAACUGCGUCCUGGACAUCCAGGAUGCCCCUCGGCACAGCUACUAUGCUGUCUUUGAUGGCCACGCCGGCUUGGAGGCUGCCAACUACGCCACAGCACACCUGCACCGCAAUAUUGUGGUGCAGCCGGACUUCCUGAGUGAUCCAGUCCACGCCAUCCAAGAGGGAUUUGCUGCGACUGAUCGCAACUUCCUCCAGAGGUCCUCAAAGGAGGGCAUGAAGAGCGGAUGCACGGCGGUGUGCUGCCUGGUGCGGGAGCAGAGCCACCUCUACGUCGCCUGGCUGGGUGACUCUCAGGCGAUGCUGGCACGCAGGGGCGUCGCGCUGCCACUUGUGAAUCCCCACAAGCCCGAGAGAGAGGAUGAGCGGAAAAGGAUAGAAGAUCUUGGAGGCAUGGUAGUCAUGAUGGGCAUCUGGAGGGUCAAUGGAAGCUUGGCUGUUUCUAGGGCCAUUGGUGAUGCAGAGCACAAGCCCUACGUCAUCAGCGAGCCCGACGUGCUGUCUGUGGAACUGGACGGCAGCGAGGACUUCCUGGUCCUUGGCUGCGACGGCCUCUGGGACCAGCUAAUGCCCCAGGACGUCGCGAACCGCGUCUACCAGGCAGUCCUCGAUGACCCGGAUGGCGCCCCUUACGUGUCCCACGCGCUGGUGCAGGGAGCACGCGACCUUGGCUCUGGCGACAACAUUACUGCCAUUGUGGUGUUCCUGCGCGACCCCCACACCUUCGACGCAGCUGCUCUCAGCCAGGCUGUGUCCUGCCCUGCCUUGGAAAAGACUGCCGUGAGCGAGCUGCCCACACCGCCCGUUGGGGACUCUGGAAACGUCUUUGACGAUCCCUCGGACGAUCUGGUACAGGUGGCAACGGGCGUGGUCCGCGAAACGAUUGAGACCGCUCUGCACCGCGUCAACGACGAUGCGGCUGCAGCACGCGACAUCGUUGAACAGGUGCAUCAGAUGCACUCGGAGCAGGAGGUGGGCAAGUUCACAGAUUUGCCGGAGCACUUCUACGGCGCUGCACCCGUGGAGAAAAGCGGCGAUGAUGAUGUUGUGGGUCCUGCCAACGGCUUUCUUGGUAACACCGUUGAUUCGCCAGGUGGCCGGAGGAACCCGUUUGAGGACGAAGGUUACGAGCAUGACGUCGAUGUAGCCAGUGAUAUGAACCACGUGGAAGAAUCUCGUGCAGAACUCUAUGCAAAAUUGAAUGUUGCCGAGAGUGGAAGUGGGUUUCCGGCAGAAGAUCGGGAGCCCCACGCUGAAUUUCAGAUGCCAGAUGGGCAUAGUGUUGUGGAGGGGACCCUUAAUGUCGAUCAGUCUUCUGCAAGAGACGGUUCACCCGCAGCAAUGCAGGAAGGGUUUUACGACGAAAUGUUUCAGUUUAGUGCACCCAAUCCCCUCCAGCACAAUGCGGAUGCACUGGCACACGUAGCCGAGAACUGUGCAAGUAAUACCCUCGAGCAACCCACCAGCUUCCAGGAGCACGAGUACCCAGACAAUAGUGCACCCGAUCCUUUCCAGCACAAUGUGGAUGCACUGGCACACGUAGCCGAGAGCUGUGCAAGUAAUACCCUUGAGCAACCCACCAGCUUCCAGGAGCAUGAGUAUCCUGACGAAGGGGUAGAUGUCGGUCAUGUGCCAGAAGAACUCCAAGAGCAAGUGUCUGCUCUGGCUGAACAGUUUACAGAGGGGGCAUCUGAUCAGCACGUUGUUCCAGCGGUGCCAGUGGAUCUGUGUUCAGAUGUUGACCAGAACAUUGGUGCCAUCCCUGAAGACCAACAUGCUCAACAUUCUUCAUUAUUUGAGACAAACUUUGGGCAUGCCAAAGAGGCAGCAGAGCCCCAGACAGAUUUCUUUGGCCAGCAGUUGUCACCAAAGACAUUCAAUGUCCUCCCAGAAGGAGACCAGGUUCAGUACGUCUCUCCAGAACACUUUAGCUAUGUCACUGGUGAGAAAGAACUCUCCAGUAGUCCUAACUUGCACCAGCAGAUGAGUGUUCUCUCCGACGAUCUGGUGUCCAUUGACUUGAAUGCCUCUGCCACUCAGUCACUCUCUGAUGCUGUGGCAGUGGACAUUGCUGGACAGGUCGAGCAAGGAGCUGAAGCACCUUGCCAGGUGGAGCCCCAGGAGCCGCAUCAGAAUAUUUUGACUGCAAGUAUACCAGAGGCUGAAGAAGCACACCCCCAUGCAGCUGGAGAGGUUUCUGAAAACCUUGGCAUUGAAGAUGCUGAAGACCUUUCUCCGGCUGGUUCAGCGGAGUCUGUGGUCGAAAAGGUGGCUGCUGAAGCCCAGCAAGAAAGUGCAGUUGUAUUUUGUCAACUGAAGGAAACUCCAGUUUCCAAUGAACAAAAUUUGUUUGGUGAAAGCCAGUUAAAUGAAACUCCAGUUUCUGAACAGAAUUUGCUCGGUAAAAUCCAGUUAAGGGAAAACAUUGAGGAACCAGUGGACAAUCAAACUGCAGCCUUUACUUCACAGCCUCCGCUUCAUUUUGCAACAGAGCCGUGGGAGGGCAAAGAGUCUGCUGUGGAUGACCCACACGACAAUCUUGGAGAUUUUGGAGCAAGUAACUUUUAUGCAGACCGUCCGUCCACUCUUUCAGCUGUCCCCGAAGAUCUUCACAACUUUUUGAUGAGCCAGCAGCUUGCUCAGAGUAUACUUGAAAGGAGUGAGGAAACUAAAUCCCCCAAGAGUGAAGCUACCCAGCUGCCAGAGCCAACUGCCGAUUCUCAAAAAUCCACACAUGUGGCUGAUGCUCGGGCAACCGUCCAAGAACCUGCAGAUUUUGAUUCCUCAUCUGUGCAAACUCCAGAACAUGUAUUGUCCAGCAAAAGACUGUCCCCUGAAGCCUCCAUUCCCUCGGGUUUGGAAUGCACAGUAGCUGUUGAGCAAAGUUCGGAAACUAAGCCAGAGACUAUGCAAGUGUCGUUGGAGGAAGUGCAGCGUUCAAAAGAUGAUCAAAGCAGCCUCACUGAAAGCAGUAACGUGAAGCCUGUCUCUGAAGAACCCUCUGCGCCCGUAGACUUGGGCAAGAUUCCAGAGAACAUUCCCGAGGCAGAUGGAGUAACCGAAGACUCUGAUUCUGAAAAAGAUGGCGGCUGGCGCUUUGUUAAGCCGGCCGAAUCCGCCAAGAAGCCGACGGAGCAGGCUGAGGCGGCACCAAAGAUGACUGAGGCGGCACUGAAGCAGGUUGAAGUGGCACCGAAGCAGGAUGAGGUGUCAUCGAAAAAGAGCGAGAUGUCGUCAAAACCAAGCACCCUCGCAGCAGCAAAACGUAAAUCAUUGGCAGGAACACCCAAGACGGGCACCACACAACCACCAACCAAGAGGCCGUCGUCGGCUGCCAAGCCGCCGGCUGCAUCAAAAAGUGCGAGCCCCAGUGCAACUGUGUCUAUGGCUGCAUCAAAGAGUGCGAGUCCCAGUACGGCCACGUCCACAGCAGGCAAGAAAGAGAGUACCGUACCCAGCAAGUUGCAACCAUCGUUGGCCAAGGCAGCAACUGCAGGAACAACCACACUUGCUGCACCUCGAAAGCCACUUGUGCCAUCCACAAGGCCUGCAGCUACGAAGGCUCCCCUCGCACCCAAAGCAAAGCCCGCGCCAAUUUCGACACUGAGGGCAAAGCCCACAGCUCCACUUGCAACAAAAAGUGCAACUGCAGUGGCAGAGAAGAAAACAGCGGCACCAGCGCGACCUUCAGUGACCAAGACCGCUCCCAAGCCCUCUGCUGCCCCUGCAUCUGCAGCAACCAGGGCCACCUCAAGUGCUGCUACGAGCCGGCCGACUGCAACAGCAAGAACUGGCACGACAUCUAAAGCUACAAGCACCCUUACCAAGAAAACUGUGGACACGACGGCACCAAGAACUGCAGCAACGCGGCCUGCUGCAGCAGUACGAGACACUAAGCUAAGCAAGGAGGCAACGAACCAGCAGCUGUCUGGAGCCAAGAAGCCUCUUGGCACUGCACCGAGCAAGACUGCCACUACCAGGCCCACAACAUCAACUCUUAGAAAUGUUGCAGCCACGAAGGCCCCUGCUGCAAAAGUGCCUGCUCCGAAGACCUCGGCAGCAAGAGCUGUCCCCAAGCUUGGACCGGGAAUCAAGAAGAGUGGUGCCGAAGAACUCGAGGCAAAGAACGACGGCAAGCAGAACGGUGUCCCAGAGGAGAAAGGGAGCCUGGAGCAGAAUGACAAGGAACAGUCUACUUGCCCGGUGCCACCACUGAGCAACGGCCACCCCAGUGACUCCGGGGCCGGAGAUGCCACGGCAAUCAAGUCUAACCUCUUGGAUCCCAUGGACGUUUCUCCAGCUGAAAUAUAACUCUGCUCGAAAUUCCCACCUAGUCAUUCUGCUCUCUGCUAGCAAACAAGUAUUCAGUUUCCUUUGGUACCUGCACAAACUAUGGUCUUUCGGGGAACUUUCGGUCAUGUUUCCACCACUGCUGCGACUCCUUCCUUUUUUUUAUUCCGGUGCAGGUAACCAGUGUUUUUAUGUAGUAUUAUGCCUGACCGCUAGCUGUGACGCACAAACGGUGGUCAUGCUGUGCUGCCAACAAAGUGUAGCAGGGGUCGGUCCCCAAAACACAAUGGAUGCCCGGUGCAGGGAAAAGUGCUCUUCCAGGGUGGGUUCCCACCUUUGCCUGCUACGCGGCGUCGGCAGUGUGAAGUGACCGCCGUUUGUGUCCUUUUAAGGGACAACACUGCUUUUAGAGCUUUUUCUUUUCUUUUUUUUUUAUAUAACUUGCAGUUCAACUUGAAUGAAAUUUGCACAUUUUAUCCCUCCCAGGCCUUUACUCCCCCUUUGUGCACCAUGGUCUGCAGUUUUGAUAAGUGAACACCAAAGACUGCGAGAUUUCCUCCGUCUGAAUGCUGCUGAAGUUCAUGCUUUGCUCUUCCAGAAGUGCUCUUUUUUACUUUUAUCGUCUUACUUGUAGCUAUACCACCACCACACUGGGCAGAGCGAUCUGGGGAUUUGUACUUUUUUAUACGCAAUACUGCAGCCCCUGGUAUUAUUUAUUUGAAGUAAAGUGUCCUUAAUGUUUUUUUCCCUUUUUGGAUGUUCCCGGUCCCGUUUCGCUUGGGCUUACACAAAGCAACCUGCAUUUGGGAGGUGGCAGACUCCGGCCUGUCUUUUGAUAGUACUUUUUGGGGUUUCAUGACUAACUGGAUGCUUUCGAAUAUCCCGAGUCUGUGUCUAUUUUUAUGUAGCUUUUGAAAUAUGCUGCUGCAUUGUUUUAGGGUUGCUGUUUUGAUAAUGCAUAUGUGCUCUCCCGGAAUAAAAUUUUUUAUAAAGGGA